AUGUCAGCGUCCCUCUUCUCUCUGCCUCUGGAGCUCCGAGAACAGAUCUACAGCCUCUACUUCAAGCCAUCUGACCGUCUGCUCCACUCCCAGAAGCUCAAUGAGGAAGGCUUCUACGGCGGCGUGUAUCGCUUCGAAUUCCAGCUGUUGAGGGUGAACAAGCAAAUCUACAAUGAGGCCAAUGCUGUGUGGCAGAGAGAGAAUGUCUUUGUCAAAAUUGCGACGCCGUGGCCUAGUGCGGAGGAAGGCAUAUAUGAGGAUGAAGACUGGCAGGGAGGGAGUGUAAAUCACAUCGCUCACGAAGGACUCGUGCCUAUUGUCUGCACUGACGGUCGCGCCGACAAGUUCACAACAGAACACGCCCUCGUGUCCAUCACCGCGCCGUUCCAUCAAGCUGUCCCAGAACACACGGUCGUCGUCCUCGCAGAUGAUAUACACCUCUUCAGCCAAACAUGGUACUACAGCGCCUUAUCCUACCCUAUGCUCAACGACCGCCUCUCCACAACCUUCACCCUCCUCAAGCCCUCGACCAGCCUCCAAACCCAACGCCGCCUCCUCCUCCCCUUCACGCAAAUCAAAGGCCUCUACAGCAAGGAAAUCAUCAACUACGCGAGCGAAGUGCGCCUCGAACUAGAAACAGGAAUGUCCACCCCCCUCCCCACACUCUCGCAAUGCUGCGAAUCCGCCGCCGACCUGAUGGCCCAAGGCGACGCCCUCGUCUCCACGGACCCCAAAGCCGCCUUGGACCUCUACACCGCCGCCUUCCGCGCCAUCCACAUCCUCAUCCACGGCCGCACGCGCCGCGUCCUCGCCGACGCCUUCUUCCACCACCCCAUCACCACGGGCCGCUUCAUGCACCAAACGGGUCUAAGCGUGCGCAUUGUGCUGCGCCUCAAGCUCGUCUCGCGCACCGUCCUCGCACAUCUCAAAAUGCGCAACCCCGCUGAAGCGCUGUUCUGGGGCAUGCGCAGCAUCAACAUCAUGCGCGAGAGCAUGGACGUCGAGUUUGAGGAUUUCGUGCACGACUUUGUGGGCGGCGAGGAUGUUAGUUGGAUCUACAUGCGCGCUGGGAUUGCGGCGUGGAUGAUCGAGAAGCAAGGGGGAGGUGGGGAGCUGGAUGAGGGGAGUGAGGAGCUGUGGACGGCGGCGGGCAAGUUCGUGAAGAAGAGGGAUAGGAAGGAUGUGAGACGCGAGUUGAGGGGGUUUGGGGUGGACGAGAGGACGAUUUUGGAGCGGUUUGGGGAUGGGGGAGAAGGGCAGUGCGAGCGCGCAGGAUGGGAGUGGGGAUGA